AUGACAGCACUGCGCGCCCAGCUGAUUAUGCUCAAAGCACAAAGGGAGCACCUACAAGCUAGCUACGACGAGGUUGCAUCUGAACUUAAAAACCUCACUCCUUCUGCUGAGGACUCCCCCCACAAGGAUGCAGCAUGGGCUAGGCUACUUUCAGAACAGGUAAAGUUAGUGUCGGAGAUGUUGAAUAUUCAUGCUGAAAUUAAGUGUGUGGAGUUUGAACUGAGAACGGGGCCAGAGCAUGAUGAGGAUUGGUGA